AUGAGUGGUCCUGGCUUGAAUCUUUCGUCUUUGAGGGACAAGAUAUCUUCGAAAUUGAACGAUAACAAAAAGCCUACCAAAGCGGGGAAGAAAGGCUCCAAGCAGGAUUCCAAGAAGGAGCAAAAGCGGGAAUCUGGUGAGAAGACCGGGAAAGAUGCCAAUAAGAAGGCAAAGGAACAGCAAAAUGAAAGCUUCAAGGAUACCAGCUCCCAAAAGGAGGCCCUGCGCCGCGAGGCGUUGGCUUUAGGCGCUUCAGAGAAGGACUUGGAUCUAAUAAGCGGCCUCUCUGACGACGACAACGCCAGUGAACAAGAGUUUGGGGAUUCGAAACCAGACAGUGACAAGACUUUUGCUCAGGAUUUCCAAAAAUUUUUGAAGAAUUCUGGCAUUGAAGGAGCUGUACCGCAAGAUUUAGAAGAAGAAGAGGAAGAAGAGGAGGAAGAGGAUCAAGAGGAAGAGGAGGAAGAUCAGGAGGAGCAGGAAGAGGAAGAGGAGGAAGAGGAGGAAGAGGAGGACCAGGAUGGCCAGGAAGAAGUACCGGCACUUAUCAAAACAAUUGACGAUCUUUCAGAUGAUACAGAUCUUUCAGAUGAUGGAAACUCUGGGAAAGAGGACGGACCGUUUCUUAAUCAAGACUCAGACGCAGAGACUGAAGAAAAAAAGGAAGACAAAAAUCUAGUUUCUCAAACACAGAUGGUCAGCUCCGAUAUUCUCUUACUUCCUUCAGAUCUAACGUGGUAUGAAAUUCCUCUGGAUCCCGGGGCCAACGCACAGAAUGAUCCGCUGUCGACAGAAAAGAUCGAAACGUUAUACCAGAGAGGUAAGGAGGCGUUGGAGGCCGACAAUGCCUUGUACUAUGACGAGUUCACCAAGAAUUCUUCUCAGAGGAAAUUCAUGUCCCAAAUUUUGAGCGAAGGUACUUUGAACGAUAAGAUUUCGGCUCUGACUUUGCUCAUUCAGGAGUCUCCAGCGCAUAAUACCAAGUCUUUGGAUACACUUAUCUCAUACUGUAGCAAAAAGUCGAGGAAUUCAGCUUUGCAAAGUCUGAAUGCCUUGAAGGAUUUACUUCUCAACGGCUUGCUUCCGAACAGAAAACUGAAACACUUCAAGAACCAGAAUCUUUCGAUGAUGCUCAACAAGAAGACGUUGGCCCUUUUCUAUUUUGAAGACUAUUUGAAAAACCUGUAUUUCAAAGUUCUGCAGGUUAUCGAGCGGUUGUCCCACGAUCCCAUCAUUUACGUGCGUAUGCAAAUCAUAUCCCACAUUUUCGACCUCCUGACUGCCAAGCCUGAACAGGAGUUCAAUCUGCUACGGCUAGGGGUCAACAAACUCGGUGACAUCGACAACAAGGUUUCUUCCAAGACGUCGUUUCAGUUGCUCAAAUUGGAGCAAGCCCACCCUAAUAUGAAAUCCAUAGUCUUGGAUGCUACAGUCGACGUUGCUUUAAGACCAAGCGCCGAUUACCACACCACGUACUACUCGGUGCUAACCUUGAAUCAAACUAUUUUGAAGAGGUCCGAAGACAGAGUUGCCAACCAGUUGGUCAAAACAUACUUCACACUUUUCGAAAAAUACUUGCUGUCCACGGACGCCUCAAACGUCGAGACUGGUGACCAUGCGCCCAAGAAUAAGGAUAAAUCAUAUGAAAAUAAGAGGAAAAAGAGCUUCAAGCGCGGGAAGAAGGGUGGCAAGUCUGUGAAAGAGGACAAAACGGAGAAAGAAGUGAUCGAUGAGAAAAACUCCAAGCUGUUUUCUGCUAUCCUCACGGGUCUAAACCGUGCUUUGCCGUUUUCCAACAUGCCGGCCAGCGUCUACGAAACGCAUUUGGAUACUUUGUUCCAAAUCACGCAUUCUUCUAAUUUCAACACUGCGGUUCAAGCGCUGGUGCUGAUACACCAAGUCACUCUGAAGGCAGGCUUGAACAAUGAUAGAUAUUACCGUACCCUUUACGAGAGUUUGUUGGAUGGCCGGCUUGUGACUUCUUCGAAGCAGGGCAUUUACAUGAACUUGCUGUACAAAUCGCUGAAAAACGACAAGAACGUGGCGCGCGUAGAAGCCUUUGUGAAGAGAAUCCUGCAAGUGUGCUCGAGCUGGCUGAAUGUGGGAGCCCUUUCGGGGAUGCUGUUUCUCCUGCUACAAUUGGCCAAAUCUGUGCCGCAGAUCAAAAACCUGUUCACGAACACGCCAGCGGACGACGAAUACGCUUCAGAGGAGGAAUCCGACGUGAAGGAUAACGCCAAGCCGGUUUACGACAGCCGCAAGAGAGACCCGAAGUUUGCGCAUGCGGACAAGACUUCGCUUUGGGAGAUCCGGAAUUUUUUGAACCACUACCACCCAACAGUCCAGAGCUACGCGGAGGCGUUUGUGAACAGCACCGAGGACAUCUCGAAACCCGAUCUAGGGCUGUACACGCUGGCCCACUUUUUGGAUCGGUUCGUGUACCGGAACGCCAAGCAAAAACCCACCACCCGUGGUUCGUCUAUCAUGCAACCGUUGGGCGGCUCACACACGGGGGCGCUGAUCGUGCGGGCGUCGGACGCGCAGGCCCAAGGUGCGGACGCGGUGCCGGCCAACACGCAGGACUGGCUGGUGAAGCGGGCGGAUCAGGUGACCCCAGACGAGCGUUUCUUCCACCAGUAUUUCACGACGAAGCAGAGCGCCAUCAAGCGGGCCGCCAGGGACAAGAAGGGCGGGCGCGGUGGAGGCGAGGAUGAGGACGCAAGCGAGCUGGACGAGGACGAGGUCUGGGACGCCUUGGUGAAGUCGCGGCCGGAGGUGGAGGACGACAGCGAGGACGACCUCUCCAUGGACGGGCUCGAGGACAUGUCGAGCGGCCCGGACGACAGCAGCGACGAACAGCAGGGCGGUGUGGGCUCCGACUCGGACGCGAGCAACGGCGACGAGGAUGUGUUCUACAGCUUUGCGGACGACGCGGGUCACGUGCCGGGUGCUGGGAAGCGGUCCCGUGACGAGAGCGACGGCGAGAGCGACGGUGCGGACGACGAAGCGCUGGCACAGGCGUUCCAGAGCGAGUCGGAGCCCAGCGACGACGAGGGCGGCCCGGCCCAGGACGCGGCCCAGCCCGGCCACCGCCUGUCGCGCAAGAAGCUCAAGAGCCUUCCGGUAUUUGCGUCGGUGGACGAGUACGCCGAGUACAUGAGCGAGUAG